UCAGUUGAACUCAAGUGUCGGCAUCAUUGCAGCUGCUAUUUUAUUCCUUCUUUAAACUCAGUUUCUUUCCAGGAUUCAAGCAGUCUUCACCAUGAACACCCUGAACCAACAGUACGAGGAGAAGGUGCGUCCCUGCAUUGACCUCAUUGACUCUCUUCGCUCUCUGGGUGUAGAGAAGGACUUGGCGCUGCCUGCUAUCGCCGUGAUUGGAGACCAAAGCUCGGGGAAGAGCUCCGUGUUGGAGGCGCUGUCAGGGGUGGCUCUGCCAAGAGGGAGCGGCAUUGUGACAAGAUGUCCUCUCGAACUGAAGAUGAAGAGAAAGAAAGAAGGAGAGGAGUGGUACGGGAAGAUAAGCUACCAGAACCAUGAAGAAGAGAUAGAAGAUCCUGUACUUGUGGAGAAAAUGAUAAGAGACGCCCAGGAAAAUUUGGCCGGGGUCGGGGUGGGGAUCAGUGAUGAUCUCAUCAGUCUGGAGAUCGCCUCUCCUGAUGUCCCAGACCUGACGCUCAUUGACCUGCCCGGCAUCACCAGGGUGGCUGUAAAGGGACAACCUGAGAACAUUGGAGACCAGAUAAAGAGACUGAUCCAGAAGUUUAUAACAAAACAAGAGACCAUCAGCUUGGUGGUUGUUCCAUCCAACGUGGACAUAGCAACCACAGAGGCUUUGAAGAUGGCACAGGAGGUGGAUCCCAAUGGAGACAGGACUUUGGGUAUCUUGACCAAGCCUGACCUGGUGGACAAAGGCACGGAAGAGUCCGUGGUGGAAAUAGUCCGUAAUGAGGUCAUCCACCUGAAGAAGGGCUACAUGAUUGUCAAGUGCAGGGGACAGAAGGAGAUCACAGAGAGGGUGUCUCUGACUGAAGCAAUAGAAAGAGAGAAAGCCUUCUUCAAUGAUCAUGUGCAUUUCCAGACUCUCUACGAUGAAGGCCAUGCCACUAUUCCUAAACUGGCUGAGAAACUCACCCUUCAGCUGGUGCAUCAUAUUGAGAUCUCUUCCACAACUGGAAGAGCAGAUAGAGAGAAACUAGCACAGACUCAGGCAGAGCUGGACAGAUAUGGCAGUGGACCCCCAUCUGACCCAGCUGAAAGACUCAUCUUCCUCAUUGAUAAAGUGACAUCAUUCACACAGGAUGCCAUGAGUCUGACUACAGGAGAAGAGCUCAAGUGUGGAGACAAGCUCAAUGUCUUUUCUUCACUCAGAAGAGAGUUUGGGAAGUGGAAUGCCCACCUGGACCACUCAGGAAAUAACUUUAACAAGAGAAUUGAGAGAGAGGUGGAGGGAUAUGAAGAGAGGUACCGUGGAAGAGAACUGCCGGGCUUCAUCAACUACAAGACCUUUGAGGUCAUGGUCAAGGAGCAGAUCAAACAGCUGGAAGAACCGGCUGUCAAGAAACUCAAGGAUAUAGGCGACGUUGUUAGGAAGGUGUUCAUUCAGCUGGCCCACAGUAGCUUCAUUGGAUUUCCCAACCUCAUUAAAACAGCCAAGACAAAGAUCGAAGCCAUCAGGCAGGAAAAAGAGUCCACUGCUGAAUCCAUGCUGAGAACCCAGUUCAAGAUGGAGCUGCUUGUUUACUCUCAGGACAGGACCUACAGCAACAGUCUGAGUGACAGGAGGAGGGAAGAGGAUGAUGAGGAAUGACAAAUGACAAAAAAUCUCAUCUUUAUGAAGAAAAGGAGUAUUAUGUACAGCAUGGAUAAUCGUGCAACACUUCAGGAGCUGAUGUUGCACCUUCAAUCAUAUUACAAAAUUGCCAGCCAGCGUCUGGCUGACCAGAUCCCGCUGGUGAUCCGCUACCAGAUGUUGCAGGAGUCUGCUGUCCAGCUGCAGAGGGGGAUGCUGCAGAUGCUUCAGGACAAGGAGAAUUUGGAGUUCUUUCUGAAGGAGGAUUGUGACAUUGGCACCCAGAGGGCUGGUUUGCAGAGUCGCCUAAAACGCCUCAUGAAGGCCCGGGCUUUCCUGGUGGAGCAAAUAACUCCAGAAGUUUAUAACAAAACAUGCAAUGUGGACAUAGCAACCACAGAGGCUUUGAAGAUGGCACAGGAGGUGGAUCCCAAUGGAGACAGGACUUUGGGUAUCUUGACCAAGCCUGACCUGGUGGACAAAGGCACGGAAGAGUCCGUGGUGGAAAUAGUCCGUAAUUUGGUCAUCCACCUGAAGAAGGGCUACAUGAUUGUCAAGUGCAGGGGACAGAAGGAGAUCACAGAGAGGGUGUCUCUGACUGAAGCAAUAGAAAGAGAGAAAGCCUUCUUCAACGAUCAUGUACAUUUCCAGAUUCUCUACGAUGAAGGCCGUGCCACUGUUCCUAAACUGGCAGAAAAACUCACCCUUCAGCUGGUGCUUCAUAUCAAGAGAUCUCUGCCUCAACUGGAAGAGCAGAUAAAGAUGAAACUAGCACAGACUCAGGCAGAGCUGGACAAAUAUGGCAGUGGACCCCCAGCUGAGGCCGCUGAGAGACUCUGUUUCCUCAUUGAUUUUCUUUCCAGGAUUCAAGCAGUCUUCACCAUGAACACCCUGAACCAACAGUACGAGGAGAAGGUGCGUCCCUGCAUUGACCUCAUUGACUCUCUUCGCUCUCUGGGUGUAGAGAAGGACUUGGCGCUGCCUGCUAUCGCCGUGAUUGGAGACCAAAGCUCGGGGAAGAGCUCCGUGUUGGAGGCGCUGUCAGGGGUGGCUCUGCCAAGAGGGAGCGGCAUUGUGACAAGAUGUCCUCUCGAACUGAAGAUGAAGAGAAAGAAAGAAGGAGAGGAGUGGUACGGGAAGAUAAGCUACCAGAACCAUGAAGAAGAGAUAGAAGAUCCUGUACUUGUGGAGAAAAUGAUAAGAGACGCCCAGGAAAAUUUGGCCGGGGUCGGGGUGGGGAUCAGUGAUGAUCUCAUCAGUCUGGAGAUCGCCUCUCCUGAUGUCCCAGACCUGACGCUCAUUGACCUGCCCGGCAUCACCAGGGUGGCUGUAAAGGGACAACCUGAGAACAUUGGAGACCAGAUAAAGAAACUGAUCCAGAAGUUUAUAACAAAACAAGAGACCAUCAGCUUGGUGGUUGUUCCAUCCAACGUGGACAUAGCAACCACAGAGGCUUUGAAGAUGGCACAGGAGGUGGAUCCCAAUGGAGACAGGACUUUGGGUAUCUUGACCAAGCCUGACCUGGUGGACAAAGGCACGGAAGAGUCCGUGGUGGAAAUAGUCCGUAAUGAGGUCAUCCACCUGAAGAAGGGCUACAUGAUUGUCAAGUGCAGGGGACAGAAGGAGAUCACAGAGAGGGUGUCUCUGACUGAAGCAAUAGAAAGAGAGAAAGCCUUCUUCAACGAUCAUGUGCAUUUCAAGAUUCUCUACGAUGAAGGCCUUGCCACUGUUCCUAAACUGGCAGAAAAACUCACCCUUCAGCUGGUGCAUCAUAUCAAGAGAUCUCUGCCUCAACUGGAAGAGCAGAUAAAGAUGAAACUAGCACAGACUCAGGCAGAGCUGGACAAAUAUGGCAGUGGACCCCCAGCUGAGGCCGCUGAGAGACUCUGUUUCCUCAUUGAUAGAGUGGCGGCGUUUACAAAGGAUGCUAUCAGUCUCACCACAGGGGAGGAGAUCAAAUUUGGAGGCAGGCUCAACAUGUUUGCCAUACUCAGAAAAGAGUUUGCGGGUUGGAAAGAUAUCAUAGUGUGCUCUGGGAUAACAUUCAACCGGAAUAUUGAGAGAGAGGUGACUCAGUAUGAACAAAAGUACCGCGGAAGAGAACUGCCCGGGUUCAUAAACUUUAAGACCUUUGAGGACAUGGUCAAGGAGCAGAUCAAACAGCUGGAAGGACCUGCUGUCCUGAAACUCAAGGAAGUGGGAGACAUUGUGACAAAAGAGCUAUUUAAGUUGGCACAGAGCAGCCUUGUUGGAUUUCCUAACCUCAUCAAAACAGCUCAGAUGAAGAUCGAAGCCAUCAGAAAGGAGAAGGAGACUGCAGCAGAGUCCAUGCUGAGGACUCAGUUUAAGAUGGAAUUGAUUGUUUACACUCAGGACAGCACAUACAGCAAGAAGUUAGGGAAGCGUAAGAGGGAAGAUGAACAGAACGGUUUCCCUUUCGGCAAUGGUAUACCAGUGAAGACAAGCACCAGCUUCACUCCUAGCAAUGACAGUGGGGCCACCGUGAAAGAGAUGAUUAAACACCUGAAAUCCUAUUACCAAAUUGCUGGCCAGCGUCUGGCGGACCAGAUCCCACUGGUAAUCCGCUACCAGAUGUUGCAGGAGUCUGCUGUGCAGCUGCAGAGGGAGAUGCUGCAGAUGUUUCAAGACAAGGAGAAAACAGAGUCGCUGCUUCACGAGGACUCUGGCAUAGGAACCAAAAGAAUCCACCUUCAGAACCGCCUUGAGCGGUUGUCAAAGGCACGCGCGCUGUUGACUGACUUUAGUAUGAACACAUACAACUUCAACCAAGGGCGUAGGUUUGGCCUCAACAUUGGAAGGGACACAAUGACCCACGCCCCACCCCCCACAUCCACCCCUGUGUGUGUGACCUCUGCAAAAAAAUGUUCAAAAAAGAGGACUGUUUAAUUCUGACAACCAACUGGUUUAUUAACAAACCAUCUUAGAUCUGUAUAAACAUUUCAAUAAAGUAUAGACAGGAACAGAUCAAAGACUAAAAUAAUGUAAAACAAAUUAAAUUAGUUUGUAAUAGAGAGAAGAAAGAAACAACAAUAUUUCAGUUUUUUUUGCAUCCAACAUCAUCAUCAAUUAUUAGAUUCAACCAGAUUCACUAUAUGAUCUUAUUUCCUUUUCUAUUUAGUAGUAUUAUUUGUUUUCUUUGGCAGAAAGAGGGCUGCAAAUGCCUUAAUGAAGGCCUGUACAUACCUGGUAGAGUUCCAGAGAUAGUUCAGGCCUGACAGCAUGAUUUUGUUUCUUCAGCUUGACAAAUACAUUCAUGGUUGUGGAUUGGGUUUAUUAUUUGUCACAUUGGGUUUUGAGAUCCAUCCAUCCAUCUUCCGUAACCGCUUAUCCAGUUAAGGGUCGCGGGGGUGCUGGAGCCGAUCCCAGUUGUCAAUGGGCGAAGGCAGGUCGCCAGUCUGUCACAGGGCAGACAUAUAUAGACAGACAACCACUCACGCUCACAUUCACACCUACGGGCAAUUUCAGAGUCAUCAAUUAACCUAACCUGCAUGUCUUUGGACUGUGGGAGGAAGCCGGAGAACCCGGAGAGAACCCACGCUGACACGGGGAGAACAUGCAAACUCCACACAGAAGGUUGUCCGGCCCGGGAAUUGAACCCGGGCCCCUCUUGCUGUGAGGCGACAGUGCUAACCACUACACCACCGUGCAGCCCGGGUUUUGAGAUUAGAAUCAAUAUGUCCAAGUUAUCUAUUUGAUACAACCAGAAUAUGUGAACAUGUCAUUGUAACAGAGAAUCCUCUUAAAACUGGAAGUUACAAUCAAAAAAGUGUUUAAGCCCUAUAAACCACAUAAGUCAUCAUAACAAGGAUGAAUGAGAAGCAUUGCACCAACAUGGUGAGGCUAGUGAGAACCAGACUUGGACUAUUAUUUUGGCAGUAAUGCAUGAGUUUUUAAUGUUUCUUCAUUUAAAUGCCCUGUCGCAUAUUCAACAUAUAUACAUUUAAAGAGACGUACACCAUUUCAUGGUGUACACAUGGCUUAACAAUAAACAAUCAAAGCAUUGUGUCUACGAGUGAGUGCAUUGUGAUAGCAACAUUCCCUCUGUUGUUGUGAUGCAUCAAAUGCAUUUUGUAAAAAAGGCACCAGGACUUAGAGAAAGAGUUGCAAAUACUAUUUUAACAAGCACUGUUUCGGAAGAGCGCCAUUGUAUUGAUGAAGAAAUGCACAAGAAAUGUAUGCUCACAACUCCUUUUCUUUUUACUGUUA